AUGCCUCAGUGUCCCAUCACACAUGAUGACUCAGAGUCUGAGUUAGACUACAAUGAUGUAUCUGAAUUGGAUGCACUUUCAUCUGUCACAGUAGGGAUCUCAUCAACCACUCAGUCAUCAGCUUCUGUGCAGGGUGGAGACAUGGAGGUAAUUCUGCAACUAGAAAACCAGUCGCUUAAAAAUAACAAUAGGACUCUGGGAGAGAAGAACAAAAUCUUGGCAUCCAAUCAACGUCGACGUUCAAGUGCACAAGUUCCCGACGAGCUGAAGGCUUACAAUGUUGAACUCUUGACCUUUGCUUGCAAAUAUGGUGUUAUUGCUGAAAUGUUCCCACCUGAGCACCACGUUCUCAGAUUGCCUGUGCCAAACCCUCCGCCCAUCAUCAUAUCUGCUAGUCACUAUGCAAGCAAGAGUGCCGAAGAACUUUGUCUUGUGACAGAGGUGUAUUCACUUCUACCGGAUCACCUCCAUCAUUUCAUACCUACUUCUCAUUUUAAAUCAUUGCUAGAGCAGCAUCUCCAAGGUGGGCACUCAAGUGAGAUCGGCAAACUAUGCUUGAUGGCAGGGCGUAUCUUCGGUCUGGAUUCGUCCUACUUUGACCUGAGUUUCAUGAAGCGGGAUACCAUUCCUGAGAUCUAG